GCAUCUGGCAACGCUAUUUCAGUAUUUACAAUUAAACUUCUGUGAAAUCUUCAAAGCGGAAUAAUGUCGAAUGUGCGAUGUUUGCACAAAUUGAUACGUUUUCGUAGGCUUCUAGUUCCCCUGAAUGCCCCAAUCCGAAACAAUGGCCAUCUAGUGUCCCCCCUCGGCCAGAGCCGAUCUUAUGCACAGGACUCUAAGGAUAAAACGCAAUUGGAAGAUUUUCGCUUACGUGAAGAGCAACGGGAAAAGGAACGCGAUGCGGCGGAGGCAGCUGCCAAGCACAAACAAAAUGACUCUGGCGGCGGAGGACACCAGCACUUCCAGGAUGCGGAGCAAGCAGCUAAACAGGCUAAAGUAGAUGGCAUACGGCAGCAAAUCCUUGAUGCUGCACUCGAGCAUGUCCCUCAAUUGGGUUGGACGCGGCAGACCAUUGUGAAGGGUGCCGAACAGUGUGGUUAUCCUGGAGCUGUGCACGGCAUGUUUCCAGAGGGAGGAUUUGCUCUCGUCUCCCAUUUCAAUAGUCAGUCCAAUGCAAAGCUAGUGCAAAUCUUACAAGAGCAAACACAGAAUGGCCAGCGCGAAGUCACAGAUCCUCUGGACUUUCUUGUCCAGGCUGUGCGCCAAAGAUUGGAGAUGAUAGUGCCAUAUAAGAGUCAUUGGCCACAAGCCAUGGCUCUGAUUGCCCAACCGCAACACGCCUCAACGGCAUUGGCUCAGGUAUUGACCCUAGUCGAUGACGUUUGCUACUACUCGGGUGAUCGGUCUGUGGAUUUUGGUUGGUACACAAGGCGUAUAGGUCUGGCUACCAUUAUGAAGAUGACCGAAUUAUAUCUGCUACAGGAUUCGUCACCUGAUCAUGCCCAGACUUGGUCGUUCCUUAAACAUCGCAUGGAUGAAGCUGUCCAAUUGCAAAUGAUGUUGGCUCAAACUGAGGGCAUGACGCACACAUUUCAACGUUCCUUCAAUUCAGCCUUCAUAACGGCACGUAAUAUACUGGGCCUGGGCUAUAAUCGUCCCUAAAAACCACCCGUAACCAAAGGAAGAAGACUCAAGGUAUGGACCACCCGAUCUACUGUAUACAUCUAGACAUAUAUAUAUAUAUAUAGAAUUAUAUAUGUAAUUGUUGACAGCAUCUUGUAAAGUUCGACUCGCGAUUCUUCUAAAUUCAAAGAUGAUAAUGUUUCCCUUCUCCACCCCAUAUUUAAGCUAGUCUCUGUUUGUUCAAUCGAAGCUCUGCAUAUAUGUACAUAUAUAUAGAAAAUGUCUUGAGUUGUUCCGAUAUAAUUAUUUAAUACAAGAACUUUUAUAAAAUCCGAUCAUUUAAAGAAA